AGCAUGUAUCACCUUCUGAAGGGCUUGCACGAAUAUCUAACGAGGAAAGAAGAGUUCUCAGUAAUUAUAAUCGGGCUGGAUGGGGCUGGAAAGACGACAUUGCUCGAGAGGAUAAAGACCCUGUACAACGAGACCCCUGGCCUUCCUCCUGACAAGAUUUCUCCUACUGUUGGACAGAACACCGGCAAGAUCACACUGCCUUCCACAAUCUUGCAAUUCUGGGAUCUCGGCGGUCAGAAGGGAAUUCGUUCAAUUUGGCCUCGCUACUACGAUGACUGCCACGCCGUCGCAUACGUGAUCGACGCGUCUGAUCGAGAAAGACUAAGUGAAGGCUGGGAAGUAUUCGACUCCGUCCUUUCUAACCGUCAGAUCCUCGGAAUACCCCUCCUGCUACUUGCUAACAAACAAGAUAGCCCGGACAGCUUGUCCGUGGAGGAAAUCCGCCAUGAUUACGAAGAAUGGCACCAGAGAAAGCAGGAAGGCGCACGACUGAGGUACGCUGAAGAGAUGGACAUGGAGGGUCGCCGAGAACGUAUUGCAAGCCUGGACGUCAUGGGAAUAUCAGCUCUCGAAGGGACUGGUGUUCGUGAAGCUGUUGACUGGUUGUUCAUACGCGUGCAGAAUAGUAGGCGGCGAGAGGAUCAAUAAUUCGUAGGAAUCGCAGUCAUGUUCCGGAGGGUCCUGCAUGGGGUCCGUGAAUUGACUCCGGUCGUUGCCACCCGUUUUCUUUCCAUUUCAUCCCUAACCCGUAGUCCUAGCCGGAGACUUAUAGAUGAUCUUCCGCGGGGCUGCCAAGACAAGUCCACGCCAAGCUGGGAUGUCUUUUCUCCAAAGGAUCCUUUGCUCGGAGAAAAAUUGGUGGCUCCGCGCGCACCCAAACCGUGUACCAUGCAGGGACCGUAACCAGACGUUGUGAUUGACGUUCGAUGCAAAGAAUAGCGAUUUACAGCUGUUUUCCGAACGGAAGGCACGGCGUUUCUUCUCGCACGCCAAAUGGCCUUCGGGCAAGAAAAAUCUGUCGC